AUGCAAUUUAUGAUUACUAUAGCAGUAAGAAAUUGAUCUAAUGAGCUUGUAAUUCAGUGAAUCAAUUGUAGCUCUAAAUCUCAAACAACACGCUUGAGCAUCUUAUGCUGCUUAUAUUUUAGAAUUACGAUAAUCUGGCAUAUCAUAAUUUUAUGCAAUUAUUUAACUUGUUCUUUAUUGGAAAAUGAGAAGACUAGGAUAGUUACUACUUCAAGAAUCAAUAUUUAUUAG